AUGCCCGGCUGGUCAAUCACCCACGCCCUCUUCGACCUGAUGGUCACGUGCCCGGAAGUCGUCACCUCCGGCUGCUGGCAGCAGCUCACGGAGCUCGCCGAUCUCCCCUGGUCGGACGACCACGUCGAGAAGGGCUGGACCAUCCACGACGGUGCCCCGCUCACCAAGGUCACGGCGUUCGUCGCCAAGUACGCCGCCCUCCCGAACGAAUCGACAAAGCAAAAGUUCCUCAAGGUCAAAAAGGACAACGACACCGAGGGCCGCGACCUCGUCCUGAGAUGGAUCAAUGCUCGGAUUAGUAAGUGGCGGGUGAAGGAGCAGGUCGUUGAGACGUUGGAGGGCGAGGAGAGCAGCGCGUACGAUGUGAUGCGCGAGUUCAAGGCGACGUCGCUGCCCGGCGUCACUGCUUCCCAGCUCAACGUGCAUUAUCCGCGGAUUGCCCUCGCUCUGUUCGGCGAGCAGGCGACCGUCAACGGGAUGGGGAAGAAGUGCGUCCCGUGGGCCCUCAGCGCGGUCAGCCGCAUCGUCGCCUCCACCUGGCACGGCGAGAGCGUCCGGAUCGGACGUGAACUGACCGCGCUCGAGAAGGAGGCGGUCGAGCUGGACCAAAAGUGGGAGGAGAUCGUGGCCAGCCCGUCCAUCGCGAAGCUCAAGGCGUACGUCAAGCGCAUGCGGAACAAGAUCGCCAUCGCCCGCAAGUACGACAACGAGGUGACCUGCGAGUUGUACAAGAAGCAGCUCGACCGCAUCGAGCUGCUCAAAGAUCAGGUCGAGAACGUGAGGGAGGACGUGGCGGGCCUGCCGAGAGCGGUGUCGCAGGCGCUCCGGCUGCUCGCGUCCGAGACGGACCUCGCCGCGUUGACCGCGGAAAUCGACGUGUUGGUCGGGGACGGUGAGGAAGAUCCUCUCGACCUCCUCAUCCCCGAUGACGCCAUGAAGGGGUUCGACUGGGGGACCGGCGUCGAGGAGUACGAGGCGUUCAGCAUGGACCAGCUCUGGGACUUGCUGGGCGUCUCGGCGACGAAGGCGAUCCCUUUCUUCAAUGACAAGGAGGAUCCGAUCGGCCUCACCGAUCCCUGGACCGACGAGGGCAUCAAGGCUCUCAACGCUCCCUCCGCCGUCCCGCUGGCGCCCCGCUGGCAUCAACUCAUCGGCAUCAUCAAGAUGCUCGACAACUACCUCGGUGGCAAGCCCACCCUCCUCAUGGACGGCGUCGGCGUCGGCAAGACGAUGCAAGUCAUCGGCACGGUAUGUUUCCUCGCGUUCUACCGCGAGUACUACGAGAAGCACGGCCAUUUCCCGGGCAAAUACGCGAAAACAAAGUUUCACAACACCAAGGACGGCAACGUCCCCGACGCGCCCACCAUCCUCAUCAUCCCCGUCGCCCUCGAGACGCAAGUCACCGUCGAGUUCCAUCGCUACGUCCGCGCGAAGACCUUCGACUUCGCGCCGUACACCGCCGCCGUGCGCAAGAGCGCGAAAUCGUUCUGGGAAACGGUCGACAAGUUUGUCCAGCCGAAGACCCGCCAGUUCGUGCUCGCCACCGCCCCGUCCGUCGACAAGGACGGCAUCGAGAUGUUCCGGAAGGACGAGAGCAAGCCCUGGGGCGCGGGCAACAUGAUCAAGCGGCCCGAGGGCCAGCACGAGCCGCGCAUUGGGCGCACGAUCUACAGCAGGGACUGGGGCAUGAUGAUCGUCGACGAGGUGCACUCGAUGCGCCGCCUCAACAAGCUCUACACGGCCGUGCGCUCGCUGCGCAACCAGACGGCGGGGAUGAUCGGGAUGACGGCGACCCCGACGAUCACGAACCCGAUGGACCUCGCCCAAAUCGGGCGGCUGAUGGGCGUCCGUGGGUUCAACGACGACAACACUUCCGCCAUCGAGGGAAGUCGGAAGGCGCUCCAGCGCGCUGCAGCCCGCGAUCGCAAGGCUCGGCGCAACAGCAAGAAGGCGCAGGAGCAAGUCCACCGCUCCGCCCCCAAGGACUCCGCCAAGGCCGUCGAGUCCGACCUCGUCGUCGAGACCGUCAACGUGAUGGCCGACUUCCGGCAGCGGUGGACCAGCAUGGUCAUCCGGCGGACCGUCCAGUCCCGCGACUGGGAGGGCAACGAGAUCAGCGGCCUCCCUCCGGUGACCGAGAUCAACAUCAUGUUGCGGCUGGCGGAGUACGAGUCCGAGGUCCUCAACGAGAUCGCCGGCAACUUGGGCGACGCGAUUGGUCGCAGCCAGGCGUCGGCAACGGACAAGUCCUUCUACAUCGACUUGCGGCGCGCGAUGUUCCAUCUCUCCCAGUCGUCGAAGUCCGACUUCCCCGUCCCCGGCUCUCGCGAUGAGUUCGAAGCGCGCCCGACCGCCAAGCUGCAGGCGCUCUUCGAGAUCAUCCAGCACCACCUCGGCACCGCGGGCGCCCCGCCCUUGGCCAACAAGAAGGAGUUCCGGGGCGUCCCCCUCAGGAACCUCCCCCCCUUCCCCGACGCCAACGUCCUCGAGCCGGACAGCAACUACCAGGAACACCUGGAAGAGGCCGCUCCUGCGGGCGACGGGGCCGGCGGCGACGCGGACGCUGCGCGCGACGAGAACGCCGAGGCUGCGAAGACCGCCGACGACGAGAAGACUGCCGAGGUCGAGAAGACCGUCGAGGUCGAGAAGACCGUCGAGGGCGAGAAGACCGUCGAGGGCGAGAAGACCGGCGGGGCGAGAAGACCGGCGGGGGCGAGCAAGAUCCCGACGCGGAGGGCGAGCAAGAUCCCGACGCGGCAGAAGCAGGCGGGCGGCGAGAAGAACGAUGGGGCCAACGCCACGGACGUUGACAAGAUCAUCGUCUUCUCGUACUUCCCCUCGAACAACGAGUUGUUCGACGCCUACGGCAUCAAGGUCCUGUUCCUCAACGGCAAGCUCUCGGCCGCCAACCGCGCGAAGGUCGUCGAAGAGUUCAGGAAGUCCGGUGUCGACGGGCCCCGCGUGCUCGUCAUGUCGUCGGUCGGCGCGACUGGCCUCAACCUGACGUGGGCCAACAUCAUGAUCUUCAUCGACACUACGUGGUCCGCGCAGGAGGACGAGCAGGCGAAGGGGCGCAUCGUGCGCAUGGGCCAGCUCAAGGCCUGCUACGUUACUACCUGGUUCUGCUCGGGAGUACUGACGUCUUCCUGCACAACCUCGCCUACGCCAAGCUGCUCAUGCACGAGGCAUUCGUCGAAGCGAGCGCUCUCGGGCCUCAUCGGCAACGUCGUCGCGGACCUCAUCGACGAUGAGGCCGAGGAGGUCGACGAGGAGGACGAGGAGGAGUUCGAGGACGAGCACCCCCAGGAGGAGGAGCCCACCCCCAAGGCCAGCAAGUCGAAGGGCAAGGGCAAGGCCGACAGGAAGGGCAAGGGCAAGGCCGCGCCGAAGUCUGCCGCCAUCGUCGAGUCCGAGGACGACGACAUCGUGGAGGUCUCCGCCCCGAAGAAGUCGGGCAAGAAGACUGCCACGACGACCGCGUCCGGGGCUGCGUCGACUUCGGCGGCCUCCACGUCCCAAGUCGCCCCGCCGAAGAUGACGAAGAAGGCGCAGAAAGCCGCCGCCGCCGCCGCGAAGAAGGCCGAGAAGGAGAAGGAGAAGGCCGACAAGGCGGCCGAGAAGGAGAAGGAGGCGGCGAGGAAGGCUAACCUCAACAGCUGCGCCGCCGGCAGCGCGAGGGCUAUCAAGGCCGCCGAGGUGAAGGCGAAGAACGCUGCCAAGGCUUCCGCGCAGGCUGCCGCAGAGGCUCUCGAGGACGAGGUCGAGAAGAUGGCCGCGAUGGCCGCAACGCCGACGCCACCGUCGUCCCGCUCGCCGUCUCCGUCGACUGGCUCCGCUGCCGGCCCCGCCCCCCGCCCCCCUCACACUCCCACUCCGCCGCCGCCAUCGUCCUCCCGGUUUGUGUUCCCGCCCCUCCCGUCCCCUGCUCGCGUCGUCCCCCCGCCCUCGCCGUUCUCGUUCCUCCCGCCGUCCUCGCCGCAGCACCACCACCCGCACUCUCCCGCCGGCCCAUCGUCUCCAUGGCGCCAAACCUCUACCGUCCCCCCUCGCUCGGCUGCAAACCCGCCCUCCCUCGACGCUGUUGCUCAGCAGUUGCGUGAGGCGUCCCUCCACCCCGCCCCGCAGCAGGCCGCCGCCCCCGUCGUCGACAACGAGGACGCCAUGGACGUGGACAACGCGCCCCUCCCGGGUGCUGGCUUCACGCAAUCCAGCCCUCUCACCCCUCUGCAGGCUUCAUGCAGUUCGACCGAGGACGAGCAGGACGACGAGGACGAGGGCGAGGGCGCGUCUGCCGCUGGAUCGUCGUCUGCGGCUGGACCGUCGAACCCGCGCAAGCGCAAGAACUCGUCCGCGCUGGAUGAGCCCCCUCGUCGGACGAUGCGCAAGGCCCCGAUGGUCGAGCGCUUCACUUUCGCCAAGGUCAGCGGCGGAAAGGCAACCGGCAAGCCGACGACUUCUGCGCGCAACGCGAAGAGCGGCUCGAAGGGCAAGAAGGGUGGCAAAAAGUGA